GGGAAAGAAAACCCGACGCCCGUGUCCGGUGCGGUGCGGUGCGGUGCUGUAGAAGAAAGAAAACCGCGACAAUCCCCAUAGAGAAGCACGUGGAGCACCCAAUCGGCCGUGCACCGUGACGCAUCUGAUCACGCCCCCCUCAUCUCGUUGCUUAGCUCUUAAUCUCGGGGACUUUUUGUGAUCUUUUCCAUCGCGGUUCCCAGAUUCGAUUCAUACUCGCAGCCAACGGGAUCGUCUCCUUCCUCUCUCUCUCUCUCUCUCUCUCUCUGUUGCUUCCCUGCUUGCCCGCUUCAGCCGUCGCCACGCCAUGUCGUCGGUAAGGACCGUGAAAGUCAGCAAUCUUUCUCUCAGUGCAUCCGAGCUGGAUAUCAAAGAGUUCUUUUCAUUUUCAGGUGAAAUCGAAUAUGUUGAAAUGCAAAGCGGCAAUGAGCGUUCUCAAGUUGCAUAUGUUACCUUCAAGGAUCCCCAAGGAGCAGAGACUGCUGUUCUUCUGUCGGGAGCAACAAUAGUUGAUCAGUCUGUUACUAUUGCUCCAGCUCCAGAUUACAAGCUGCCAGCUUCUAUUCCCAUCCUGCCAGCUGCUACGGAAAACAUGAGUACAGGUGAAUCUGGAACCGCUGUCCAAAAAGCAGAGGAUGUUGUCACAAGCAUGUUGGCCAAGGGGUUCAUUUUGGGCAAAGAUGCUGUUAACAAAGCGAGGACCUUUGAUGAGAAGCACCAGUUCACUUCCACUGCCGCUGCUAAAGUUGCUUCUAUUGACCAAAAGAUUGGUCUCAGUGAGAAGAUUACUGCUGGCACGACCAUCGUGAAUGACAAAGUAAGGGAAGUGGACCAAAAGUUCCAAGUUUCUGAGAAGACCAAGUCUGCAUUUGCCGCUGCAGAGCAGACUGUUAGCAGUGCUGGAUCUGCCAUAAUGAAGAAUCGUUAUGUUCUGACUGGGACUUCAUGGGUCACUGGUGCAUUCAGUAGGGUUACCAAGGCAGCAGGAGAUGUUGGGCAGAAGACAAAAGAAAAGGUUCUGGCCGAGGAACAGCAAGCAAGAAGAUUGGAAGGUUAUGAUCAGAUUCAUGGGUCGGAGUCCCCAAAAGCUACUGGUGGUGAUCAAUCUUCCAAGCCUUCAUCUGCUCGGGGUUUGAUCCUCUGAUUUGUUAGAAUUUAUGUAAUGUGAAUAGUUGGCAAUGGAGUUUGAAUUGAAAUAGGUCUGUCUUUCAUAUUUGCAAGAUGCAUGUAGCUUUCACUGCACUACUGUAGUUUGGUUUUACUGUUUGCAGUUUUGCCAUGUUGAUGUGUUACUUAAAUUGGCUUUCAACAAAAUAAAUAAAUAGAAGAAACCCUGAUCCAUGAGAAA